UCACGGGGAGGGUAAAAAAAUCGAGCGGGGAGUAAAACGCGUUCCAUCAAAUGUUUUUUUUAACUCUGUUUGCUUUCUGUUCGGAUGAGAAGGACGCUACAGUUUUACUGGGGACAGCCAAAUUUCUGCUACGACGGCGGCUCUUUAAGGGAGUUGCUCAAGGCCAGGAGAAACUUCACGGUUUUGACUGGAACAGGUCUUGAUGACAGAGUGACGUAGAAAGGGCCCUGCGAGGGAGCUUGUGAAGUAGUGAUGAUGACUAUGCAUGCGGAUUAUGGAGGUCAGGGGGCACAUGUUGGUGGGCAGUCUGCUUCCCCUGGAGUUGUUUGGUGGGGCGGACUUAGAUCCCAUGGCUUCCAAAAUGGAGUGAACGUGGCGAAGGUGGACCGCUCUGGUGGGGGAGUUUUCGAGGUUGCGAAGCAAGUUGGGCUCCAGCUGCCACUUUCGUCACCAAUGCAGGGAAUCAGCCAGAGUCAUCCAGAAGGAGAAGGGGUACAAUUGGGAAGCAAACGAGUGCAUGUUAUGGCAACUCAUUCUGGUUAUGAUCAAAGUAAUGGAAAUGCCACACAAAAUCAGCAUUUGGCAGCAAAAGCCAUUUCUUCUGCUUCUUCAGAAUACAUUUUUCCACAUCAUCAAUUGGAGCUUGGUCAUUCAAUUGCUCGUGCUUCAUACCCGUACACAGAUCCUUUUUAUGGGGGUAUUCUUACUUAUGGAGCACAGGCAAUGAUCCAUCCUCACAUGGUUGGAGUGCAACAGGCUCGUAUGCCACUGCAACUUGAAACAGAAGAAGAGCCUGUCUACGUCAAUGCAAAACAAUAUCAUGGAAUUCUACGACGCAGACAAUCACGAGCCAAGGCAGAGUCGGAAAAUAAAGUCGUGAAAGUGAGAAAGCCAUACCUGCACGAAUCUCGUCAUCUUCAUGCAAUGAGAAGAGCAAGGGGAUGUGGAGGCCGUUUUCUCAACACAAAAAAGCUAGAGGAAUCAAAAGAAAAAACUGGCAAUGCAAAGGGAACAGAGGGAGUUGUGGCACAUACUGGAAGUUUUUCAAGACCUCAACCCUUUCAGAAUGAAAAUGGAAAUAUUAGCAUUUCACAGGAUGUCCAAGGUAGAACUUUAGGAAUGUCAAGCUCAGAAGUCAUGAGCAUGGCACAAUCCCAUACUGAUGGAAAAAGCUACAUUUACACACACAAACAUGGAAUCUAUCUAAACGAGCACCAAGACCAACACUUACAUGUAUCUGCUUUCCAAUCUCGUACGAGUGGAAGUCAUGACAGUGCAAGUCAGGAUGGUGGGGCUCUUGCGUCAAAUGGAUCCCAACAGAAGGCUGUUGUGAUCCGCUAAAACCUAGAGAUAAAAGAAUCUCUGUACUGUCUCUCAUAUGCUUUCUUUGCAUUUGGGAGUCUUGUCAGAAAGCUGGAUGGAACAACCCGUUGCAUUAAGACAUUCUAAUAGUGUUCUGUAGUGCUUCAGGGUUGCAUCUGAUGCUUUCUACGGCAAUUCAUUCUUGGCUGUUUUUCCUUGGUUACUAUGGACUUAAUCAUCAGGUCCUACUGGAGUGAGGAACCAUUCCAACCUGUCACUUGCCAACUACAACAGUUUAGUUGGCCCUUUCAUGGUUUGAAUUAAAAGAUACAUUUGUGAUAUGAAAUGCCAAAUUUAUUUCUAGUAAUUUAUAAAACUUAACCGCUAAGAACUGCUGCAUACCUAUCAUCUGAAUUCUGAAUUAUUAAAUCUGAUGUUAUUUCUACCAACAAGUUGCUAGACAUGAAACAUACUGAACUGAUAAUAGCUGUAUAAUAUAUCUAUCUUAUGUUGGGACA